AUGGAACAUGCCAGGAUUCACCUUUCAGCGCGAGCUGUUGAUGGACAUCUGUCGGCAGAGCGGCCCGGUGUCCAACCAGAAACUGAGACUCAAGGUCACGAAGUGAAAGACCCCUCCUUGGAAGCAGGAAUGUUCAGAGAAGACCUUUCAGCCUCGUGUGCAAGUACAAACCGUGAGGCAGUCUCAUAUGGAAAUAUAAGCUGCGAGACAGCCUCGUAUGGAAGCAUAAGCUGCGAGACAGCCUCGUGUGGAAGUACAAGCCGCGAAAGAGCCCCGUUUGGAAGUACAAGCCGUGAAACAGCCUCGUGUGGAAGUGCAAGCCGCGAGGCAGCCUCGUGUGGAAAUACAAGCCGCAAGGCAGCCUCGUGUGGAAGUACAAGCCGCGAGGCAGCCUUGUGUGGAAGUACAAGCCGCGAGGCAGCCUCGCGUGGAAGUACAAGCCGCGAGACAGCCCCGUGUGGAAGUACAGGCCGCGAAACAGCCUCGUGUGGAAGUACAAGUCCCGAGACAGCCUCGCGUGGAAGUACAAGCUCCGAGACAGCCUCGUGUGGAAGUACAAGCCGCGAAACAGCCUCGCGUAGAAGUACAAACCGCGAGGCAGCGUUAUGUGAAGGUACAAGCCUCGAGGCAUCCAGGUGUGAAAGUACAAGCUGCGAGGCAGCCCCGUUUGGAAGUACAAGCCGCCAAACAGCCUCGUGUGGAAAUACAAUCCGCGAGGCAGCCUCGUGUGGAAGUAUAAGCCCCGAGACAGCCUGGUGUGAAAGUACAAGCUGCGAGAGGGCUUCGUGUGGAAGUACAAGCCGCGAAAAAGCCCCGUUUGGAAGUACAAGCCGCCAAACAGCCUCGUGUGGAAAUACAAGCCACGAGGCAGCCCCGUGUGGAAGUACAAGCCGCGAGGCAGCCUCGCGUGGAAGUACAAGCCGCGAAACAGCACAAUCAGCAACUCCACCAGUGGAGGAUGAGAAGAAAUUUCAGACAGAGAAAGGUCCUGCUGUUGAGCUCCAGAGAUUUCGUGUAGACUGGGGAAGAGUAGAAAAUGGUGGAAUUAAGAACGCUGACGAAAACUCAUCCAUUUUUCACAGAAAUCGAGGACAUGUUAGAACAGGAGUCAUUAAUUUGAGGUUACCAAAUACAGACGAUCCUAGCACUGUAUUCAGGAAUAUUCCCAAAAUCGACACCAGUGUGCGGCUUACAAACACAAAGAGUUCUGCCGAGGAAGCUGUUGAUAUCAAUGGAUCAUGUCUGUCUGUUACAGACAGUCACCUGCCUGUCUCAACAUCCCCUCGAGCUAAUAUAGAACGUGAUACCGUCGACAAUAACCAUAAUGCUGUUCUGAAUGAUGACUAUAAUUGUGCUGCUCCUGAUGAUGAUGGCGAUAAUGAUCAUUAUUAUGGUGCAGUAAAUUAUUUAGAUGAUGGCGAUAUUGAUAAGGAUAGUGAUAUCAUUAUCGAUGAUGAUGAUUAUUAUUAUCACUAUUACUUUGUUUGUGAAGAUAAUGUUGGUAAUAGCGAUGAUGAUGAUGAUGAUGGUGAUAUUAAUCAUUAUGAUGUUUAUGGCUAUUAUGAUGUUGAUGCUGAAGACGAUGACGGGAGGUAUGGCGAACAUUGUCAUUAUGGUCGUGGCAAUGAAAGUUAUGAUGCGCAGAACGGUGAUUAUGAUCAUUAUAAAGGAAAUUAUGAUCACGCUGAUGACAUCCGCUUCUAUUAUUAUGAUGACAGUGAUGUUGGUGAGAAUGUGAAUGAUUAUGAAGAUAGUGAUAGUGAGGAUGAUUAUUGGCAUAGUGAGGAUGAUCAUUACAUGUAUGAUGAUGAUGAGGAUAAUUAUGAUGACAGUGAUGUUGGUGAGAAUGUGAAUGAUUAUGAAGAUGGUGAUGGUGAGGAUGAUUAUUGGCAUAGUGAGGAUGAUCAUUACAUGUAUUAUGAUGAUGAGGAUAAUUACAUGUAUGAUGAUGAUGAGGAUAAUUACAUGUAUGAUGACAGUGGUGGUCAGAAUGAUGAUUGGGAUGAGGAAUCAUGUGUCAUAAUGUGA